AACCAGACAACCCAGCUCGCAUAAAGAUCUUGAACCCCGAUUUCUUGGGUUUGCUAGGCUAGGCUCGGUAAAUAGAGACUCCCAGCUUCUUUUGCCUUUGUAUCUGACCGUCAUUUCAUCAGUUGGUUCCUUUAUCUGAAUCAGAUGAACAAUCAGGUGACAAAACUACAGACAUCACCACUCUCUUUCUUGCAGGCCUACUGCAUGUACUGAUGGUAAUUCCCUGAAAACACAUACACGCUGGUGAAUAAAUCAGUAAUACAUGUUUACAUGUCCUUACAUGCUUCGUGUCUCAGUAUUCAUUAUCUUUGUGAUUGAAGGUUUGUCUGCUGGUGAAGAGGUGUGCCAUGGGAGCAAAUUUAAGCUGCCAUUAAGAUAUACUCCCCCUCUUUACAAUGGACCAUUAUACUUCAUACCAAGUAAUGGGGGGCCCAAGAAACUGGUGAUGGACAAUGGGGAGGUGAAGGACCCACGCUUCACACUCAGCACUCACUCCUUUCACUUAAACGACGUGAUGGAAAGAGAUGAUGGAUAUUUUUCCACAUCGUUUAAUGGUGAAAACAUGAUUGCCAAACUGGAAUAUCUGGAUUGUGCCCACAAUAUCUCAAAGAAAUAUGGGUAUGGGUGGAGCGAGGAGAUCCCUUCACACGCCAGUUUCCUGGAAUACACUAAUUUGAAUAGUUCAGACCACCCAAAGAUCCUGUGGAAUCGCACAGACCCUGAAGUCAUUGUCGGACAAAAAGGACGAGUGAUAAUAAAUGCCUUUGAGAUUUUGUACCUCACCCAGGAAGACAAUGGCUACUACAACUUCAGGAAAAGAGACAACACUCUUCUGUAUAGGGGGCGCCUCGUGGUAGAAGGAGAAACUAUACACUAUGAUCCAAAGAAGGAUGAUCACCUCACCAUCAAUUUUCCUUGGAUUGAAUCCACAUGGACAGUGACUUUUACCCCUAAGGGGAAAAUGAAACCCCACACAGUGAUGAAAGCUGGGUUUCCAGUCAUCAGUGGAAGCUGGUUCAGUCAUAGAAUUCAGGUUCUGAAAAAUAAGUUUGAAAUUAAUCCUGUGGAAAGCACCGACUCUGGUACCUUUGAGUUCAGAGACCCGCAAGGCAACCUGGCAUUGACUGCGAUAGUGGAGGUAUAUCAAGAGUCUUCUGCAUUGAAAUAUUUACUUGCCAUUGGCGGGAUUAUCCUUGUGGGGAUCCUCUGUUGUUGCUGUUUCUGUUGUAGAAGAAGGUGUUGUAAUGGAGACAAGUCUGCUUCUCAGGCUGCAGCAGCUCCUGCUGUGUAUUACCAUGGUGAUCAUAAACCUGCAGGUCAAAGUUACUCAGCUGUACCGCCUCCUCCAGCUUUCUCUCAUCAGCCUCAGACCUCGUUGUACCCUACAGCUACCUCCUAUGAGCCAGCAGUGUACCACCCUGUUAACGUCCAUGUGAACCCUUCUCAGCCUGAGAUUACACUACCAGCAGGGCCGAUACCUGCUCCAGGUCCAUCUGUCGGCUCAGACGUUCUCUCCUCAGACUCUGAGCUGAGGUUUAAGCAGAAGGGACUGGCCCUUUCCUCUGCUUCUCCUCUCAGCGUAGACUCUACUUCUUGUGACGUUUACACCUCAGAUAAACUAAACUUCCUGUAAAGAGCAAGCUGAGAUUGGUCAUGUUAAAGUUGAAUUCAUGUUUUUUUAGCCCCCGACUGGACUGUGUACUAUACGCACUUUAAAAUAUAAAGAUAGUUUGGUUACCUACAGUAGAGGGAGGUUAGCAGCACACCUCCAGUUUGUAGAAGCAGACAUGUGUAUUGGCUCAGAAGCCAUGCAAUGAUCGGAUGUGGACGAACCAGGCAACAAAAUGUGUUUCCUAACGCAAUAGGCAUCUUAAACUUAAUUAUAUCGAAUAAACCUUGCAGAAGGACUUUCUCUGAUCGAGAACUGAAACCAUCAUAUCAAUCUAUUCUUUUCUCAUCACACAGACUUGCUGGUCUACUGCUGCCUCCAUUAGUUUGUUUCAUUGUGUGAGUUUGUUCACAUGUUCAGACUCUUGUUUGGUCAAAACAAAACUCACACGCAGGUGCCUUUUACUGCUGAUUCUGUCCACAACAGUCUAUUACUUAGUUUCUGUGUAAGCACUGCUCUCUGGUUUUUAGGUCAUACACUGAAUAUGGAUCACUACAUACAACCAUCAUUUAAAAUGAUCAAUUUACAUUUUUGUAACAUCAGCCUGAUAAGACUGUCAGAAAGGGAUUGAGCAGAAAAAAUGGUGUCCUUCACAUUACAUCCUUAAGUAUGUCAUAUCUUCUCUCUCUGACAAAGACAUUUAUGAACAAACCAAUCAAUAUUAAUAUUUUUGUUUCUACUUAACUCUAAAUUGGUUGUACGGGUGUAGCUUAAAGUUAAGCAGUUUAAUUCUGCCAUAAUAUACAAGAAAUAUGCGUGCCAUACAUUUGAGCUUUAAUUUUGUGCAAAUAAUAUACACAUGAUCCUGCUAGAUGAGGUAUAAGAUGAAGAGGAUGAUGUUACCAGCUUUACUUAUUGUUGUCAACUACUUUAUAUUUUACAUCAUUUGCCUUCUGCUCCAUAUAUAAUGUAUUUCUACAUUAUGAGUUAUGAUAUUGAUAUUGGCUUAUUUCAUGUUUGUUAUAUACUUUGCAAAAGUGUCAGUCCUAAAUCUGGGUCUGUCUGUGUUUUUGUUGCUCCUGUGCAACUUCGACUGUUAUCUUUUUUGGAUCAUGAAAUACAAUGAUAAUAUUUUUUAUACAUGUGUUUGUUUGUAUUAUAUGAAAAUAUAUAAUCCCGAUUUUUGUUAUUUAGUAAAAAUGCCACUGAAUCUUAAAACCUUAACUUUAUCAUUAAAACCCACAUCAGGAUGAAGUAGAAACAAUAUUGUCAAUGUAUUUAGCAUAGAAGAAUUAAACUGCCGGGUUCAAUUAUCGGGGGCUCAAUUAUUGUUGCAUGCAUUCCCACACGAAGUGCAACAAGAUCAUCUCAGUGAGUGCACCGAUGGACGUUAUUUCUCUGAAACUGUGGUCAGUGCUGUGAGUAAACAGAUUUAAUGUAUAAAAUGGUGCAUUACCCUUAUAAUCAAUACAUCCUGAUUAAAGGAUUACAGAAAGGCUUUACAUGCAGAUUGAACAUUUGAAAUUAUAUAACAAAAACAUUGUCAAAAGGCUACCAAAUAUUCUAAUUAAAAUGUAUGUGCUCCAUGG